AAGAAAAUGGUCCACGACUAUACUCGACCCGCAAACAGAGAGAGAGAGAGAGAGAUAGAGAAACAGAUAUCGAUUGCGUUUAUUGAUUCAAACACAAAAUGAACACGGAAGACACAUCUCCGGCAGCCGCCAUAACACGGUGGAAAUUCGAAGCAUCACGGCGGUACCAACACAUUCUCGACAAAUCAACGCCGCACGUCAGUCAACGAUGGUUAGGGUGCCUUGUGGUUGCAUUGGUUUACGUUCUUCGCGUUUACAUCGUGCAAGGCUUCUACGUUGUUUCGUACGGUCUUGGCAUUUAUAUCUUGAACCUUUUGAUUGGAUUUCUUUCGCCUCAGGUUGAUCCCGAGAUUCUUGAUGCUGAUAAUGGUCCUUCGCUUCCGACUUCUGGUUCUGAUGAGUUUCGUCCUUUUGUUCGUCGUCUUCCUGAGUUUAAGUUCUGGUACUCAAUCACGAAGGCAUUUUGCAUUGCAUUUGUGAUGACUUUCUUUAGUGCAUUUGAUGUCCCCGUGUUCUGGCCAAUACUCCUCUUCUACUGGGUGGUCCUAUUCACGCUUACUAUGAGGAGACAGAUAGCUCACAUGAUCAAAUACAAAUAUGUACCAUUCUCGUUUGGAAAACAGCGCUAUGAUCGGAAGAGAGCAUCAGCAGAAAGCACUAGCCUUUCGGACAACUGAUUUUUCAGGUUGAUUUAAACUUCGUUUACUUCAUUUAAAUCACAGUCCCAAAUGUAGCUUGAGUAAAUUUUGGCAGCUGGAGCACAUGAAGAUGUGAUGGCGUCCGAGAAAGGUUACUUUGUGUCUUGUUUGGACAACUGGACAUCAAAAUCCUAGUUGAAAAAUUGUUAGACCUUGGACUUCCUGGCUGUUUUUUAAACUCUAGUAAAGGAUUUAAACUUGGGGGUGAGAUAUUGGGAUUAUAUCAGUUCUUUAUCUCAAUUCAUCUAGCUUUAUUUUCUAUAUCUGUAUAGGUGGGCAAAUGCAUCUUAUUCUUGAGUUCUUAUUCAAAUAAUAAGUUUUAGGUAGCUUAAGUAGAGUAAAUCCCCUUCAGUAUUUGCAAUGUCCUUGUAUUGAUGUAUCUCUUGAACUGUUUCCCUUUUUACUUUUGAGGAAAUCUCUUUUCUGAAGCCUACACACUUGUUUUUUUUC